GAAUUGGUUAUGCAAUUUGUUUUAUUGAUUUGUAUAUGGGAAUGUAUUACAAUACAAUAAUAGCAUGGGCAUUCUACUAUUUAUAUGCAUCAUUGGCAUCAUUGGCAACAUUUGAAUUGCCCUGGAUGAAAUGCAAUAAUCCAUGGAAUACACCCAAAUGCAAAACAAUGGAUUUACGAAGGAGUGGAAACGGAUCUAAUGCUGAUGAUGUCAGUCCCGCUCAAGAAUAUUUUGAAUUGCAAGUGUUAGAAAUUCAGAGAUCCAGUGGUAUUGACUCGAUUGGGCCAAUUAAGUUUUCUCUGGCUUUUUGUCUGAUGUUGGUUUUUAUUUUGGUAUACUUCUCGCUGUGGAAAGGAGUGAAGAGUACUGGCAAGGCCGUUUGGUUCACAGCAUUGAUGCCGUAUUUUGUGCUUUUUAUUUUACUCAUUAGAGGCGUAACACUUGAAGGUUCAAUGGAUGGAAUCAAAUAUUAUUUGUAUCCUUCAUGGGAUAAACUAUAUUCUAUUAAUGUAUGGAUAGAUGCGGCCACACAAAUAUUUUUUUCGUUAGGGCCAGGAUUUGGCACAUUAAUGGCAUUGUCAUCAUAUAAUAAAUUCCAUAAUAAUUGUUACAGGGAUGCAAUAUUUACGAGUAGCAUUAAUUGCUUGACGAGUUUUAUUGCCGGUUUUGUCAUAUUCUCAGUACUUGGAUAUAUGGCUCACAAAAUGGAUAAGGAUAUCAGUGAUGUUGCGUCCGGAGGCCCGGGACUUGUAUUCAUUGUAUAUCCCGAAGCAAUUGCAACAAUGCAUGGCUCAGUUUUUUGGUCGAUAUUAUUUUUUGUUAUGUUGAUAACUUUAGGCCUGGACAGCACAUUUGGCGGAUUAGAGGCCAUGAUUACUGGUCUUUGCGAUGAGUUUCCAACUCUAUUACGACGAAAUAGAGAAAUAUUUGUCGCUUUUAUUACAACAUUUAUUUAUUUAUGUGCUUUACCCACAACUACUUAUGUGAGAUUUAAUCUAUUUUUAUUUAAUACUAUUAAUGCUUACAGGUGGCAAAUAUAUUGUAAAUCUUUUGGAUCAUUAUGGAACUUCAUUAUCUCUAUUAUUCAUUGUAUUUGUCGAGACAAUUGCUAUUUGCUGGCUCAGAAAAAUUUUCUGACCAAAUUCAAGAAAUGCUUGGUAAUAUUUUUUGCCGCUUUAUUUGAAUACAAGAAUCUUGUUGUUCAAGAUUACGUGUACCCCAAUUGGUCGAUAUUAGUCGGUUGGCUCAUCACUCUCUCCUCCAUAAUU